GAUCACUGCUACGAUGAGCCAUGUAAAAACAAUGGAUCUUGUGUCAACUCUGAAGAUGGUUACCAGUGCAUCUGUUCAGAAAAGUUUACUGGAGCAAGAUGUGAAGGUAAAUUUAACGAUGCAUUUUUACCUCGGUACUUAACUGUUAUGAAGCUUGUUGGGCAUGUUUGUUUAGGAUUCACUUUAAAAUCGAUGAUUUUCUUUUCUUUUCUUUUACUAAACAGUGAUGUCACACUGCUACGAUGACCCUUGCAAAAACAACGGGACAUGUCGCGAUCAUUCUGUUAACUACACGUGUGAAUGUCUACCAGGUUUCAUGGGAGAAUUGUGUCAAGGUAAACAUUCAUGAAGUUAUUCUCGACAAACUCACGAAAAUUCAUAAAAGUAUAUCAGGCCUAGAAUCACUCUAUACAUGUUUGUUCCAAAAUUUAAUGGGAAGUGCUGACUAUAUUUAUGCCUGGAGAUAUUUAUUUCAGUUAUAGAUCAUUGCUACGAUGAGCCAUGCCUAAACAAUGGAUCUUGUGCCAGUUCUGAGAGCGGUUACAAAUGCACAUGUCCCGCAGCUUCUACUGGACCAAAUUGUGAAGGUGAAUGCUAGAAAUGAACUAAGGCCCCUUUCACACUAAAGCGUUUUCGUUUUAAAACGUAUACAUUUCGAUGCGCUUAGGCCUUCCGUCCACACUAAUGCGCCGAGCGUUUUCAGCGAAAACGCUUUUGAAAGUGGAUCAAAACGAAAACGUACAUAUAUCCUGUUGGUGUGUACGGUCGAAAACGCAUCAAAAUAUAAACGACAACGGAAAAUAUCGAAUGCGCGUGUGUUUGAAGCGUGCACAUCGAGUUCAACUUGUGUCACAACGUGCAUUUCUAUCCUUUUUGAAAGUUUUAGUGUGGACAGUCGAAGAAGGUAUCGAAACGUAGUGAGGACGCGAAUUGAUCGAUGAGUUUUCGAUGCCAACGAAAACGCAUCAUUUUAGAAACUCAUUAGUGUCGACAGGGCCUAAAUGUUUGCAAGUCAAUGAUGCUAUGAGGGUGCGCGAGUCUUAUGUUCAUAAGUAACUUCCUUAAUUUUUGGACUAAAUACCUUUACCUUUUUUUUCACAGUCAAGUCACACUGUUAUGACAACCCGUGUAAAAAUAGUGGAACAUGUCGCGAUUAUCCUGGUAACUACACGUGUGAAUGUCUUCCUGGAUUUAUGGGAGAAAAUUGUCAAGGUAAAAUUAUGGUGAACUUGCUCUUUCUGAUAUAUUUAACCUGAUGUCAACUUAUCUUGUUUCACUGACAACUUGAAGAAAUUCAAACUCUCCUUAUGUCUCGAGAUAUUUAAUUUUCUUUAGUAAUAGAUCAUUGCUACGAUGAGCCAUGCAAAAACAAUGGAUCUUGUGUCAACACUGGAAAUGCUUACCAGUGUACCUGUCCUGCAGCAUUUACUGGACCAAAUUGUGAA